AUGAGAGUAAACAGCCUCAAGCUGGACUCAACGAUCUUGAAGGGUUUUUUCCACUUUAAACGAUUCUGUGAUCAUUCCCAUUUCCAGCUCCAGCAGCCAAUGCACACUGAUCUCUGUGCCAGUGAAGUUAUUUCUGUGGUAGAGCAGAGCGACAGGGAUUUCAGCAUCUUUGUACACAUCGGGAGGGGGCGGCCGGGGCCGGGGCCGCCCCGCCCCGCUGACGCCGAGUGUGUGUUGCAGGUGACGGUGGCGGACGGGGACGCCCCCGAGGAGCCCAAGCGGCGGUCGGCGCGGCUCUCCGCGAAACCCGCGCCUGCCAAAGCGGAGCCGAAACCCAAAAAGUUACCGGCAAAGGAUAAAUCUGAGGACAAGAAAGCUCCAUCAAAGGGGAAGAAGGGGCCUAAAGGAAAACAGACAGAAGAGACAAACCAAGAGCAGACAAAGGACAACCUGCCUGCAGAGAAUGGGGAAGCUAAAACUGAGGAGACCCCAGCACCUGAUGCAGCUGCAGAGAAAGAAGUGAAGUCUGAGUGACACCUGCUCCCACAUCUGUAACUGGUGGUCCUUAAACCUUACUUCUUGUACAAUUCAGAGGAAUAUUUUUAUCAACUAUUUUGUAAAUGCAAGUUUUUUAGUAGUUCUAGAAAACACAUUUUUAAAAAGGAGAGAAUCCCGACUCAACCCAUUUUUUUACAUAUUUAGAUAAGUGUAAAUGCUUUUUUUAAGUGGUAAAGUCAUGUACUGGUUGUCUGUUUUCUAUGAAACCAGAAAUUAACGGUGUGUUAAUUAAAGAGAGGGCUUUGAGGCCUUGAUUAAGCCUCACGUUCCACAGACUCCAAGGGACAGUUUUCUAUCCUAUAAAAUGAAGCAUAACACAGAUCAGACUUUGGAAUUCAUAAUGAUGUGUUGAGAAUGUCUUAACAUUUUAGUUAUUUAUCUUUCCUAUGGUUGUACCAUCAGUAGAAUUGCUUGUCUAAUAAAACUGCUCCCUAGUGGUGGAUUUCUUGCUGAGUGAUGUUUAUCAGUGACAAAGUUAUUUUUGGUAGUUGCAGCUUUAUUUUUUUCCCAACAAUUUGUAGCUGUGAUGCAAAAGAUUGGAAACUUUUAUUUUAUAUCUUUAAAUACUGUCUUAAGUUUCUGCUUGGCAGUUGGAACUUGUUAUGUCAAUUUUGAGAUACUGGGACUUCACAUCUAGUUUUCGAGGACAGCUUGUCUACAAAGAUUGAGUGAAAAUUAUUUGAAAUAGUGCUAGGAAAAAAAAACAAAAUUAGUUUUUAGAUUUAAAAAAGCUCUGUUGAUAAAAACGAUUGUAAAAUUGUUGAUAGUGUUUGUGAUCACCAAACAAAAGCCAAAUAAAUCUUGAUUAUGAAAGGA